GGAUCAGUGUACUCUAAUGAACGUAACUAGAAUUUCUUACCGUAAAGUUACUCAUGAGUUGCAUUUUUUCUGCCAUCACUCAAGGCCGUUAAGACAAGGAGCUUAACAAUACACACAGUUAAUCGUGAAAAUCUACAAGAAAUAAGAUGCAAGGCUAUGCUUCUUAUACUGGAGGCCCAGUUGGGUUUGGUGAUCCUAACAGUAAGUAUAUUUCGAGUACAGAACGCAGCAACGUAAUUUCAAAAUUUGUACAAGAGAAACUUAUUAGUGAAUUAUGUGUAGAAGAGUGGAAGGAUUGGCGAAAGUGCAUACGUGGAAAACGAGGCGAGUGGUUCGGUACCUGGAAAUGCAAACCUAAAUAUCAGAUAUUUGAACAGUGUCAGAUGAGGUACCUUCUAGACCUAGAUGAACUUAAAAAAUUUGAAGAGGAAUACUUAAGUAUGCGUAGUGAAUAUCGGAAAACUGGUGUGGGUCGCGCUUUCAUGACGAAAGAACGAAUACAAGAACUGUGCGAGUUGUAAAUGCCCCCUUUUAUAACUGUAGCACACUCCAGUUCAUAAAUAUAUAUAUAACUAUGAU